UUAUUCUGCGCGUCCAUUCUUCAGCGUCAUUGUGGAGAGGAGGGAAGCGGUAAAAGUAACAACCAAGUCUGCAUCGUAUGCCUGCCGUUUCCCAUUGCCAAUGAAUUGUCCUCGCAUUCCUAUGUCUUCCAGUUGACAUACUGCACGCACGGCACACCAGUUCUGCAAAGAAACAGGAUAUUCGCAGGCUGUGUGAUUUUCAGCACCUGAUCAUUGCUGACUCUGUUCACCCUUCUGGAUCAUGGCACAGACCAACAGCGUGGGGCAGGGGAGCAAUGGAGUAGCCGAUGAAUCGCCGAACAUGAUUGUAUACAGAAAGAUGGAGGACGUAAUAGCACGCAUGCAGGAUGAGAAGAAUGGAAUUCCUAUCCGCACUGUGAAAAGUUUUUUGUCCAAGAUUCCAAGUGUUUUUUCAGGUUCUGACAUUGUACAGUGGAUGAUCAAAAACUUGAACAUUGAUGAUCAAGUGGAGGCCCUUCACAUAGGGACCCUGAUGGCUGCCCAUGGCUACUUCUUCCCUAUCUCAGACCACGUACUCACACUCAAAGACGACGGCACUUUUUACAGGUUUCAGACCCCCUACUUCUGGCCAUCAAACUGCUGGGAGCCAGAAAAUACAGACUAUGCUGUUUACCUGUGCAAAAGAACAAUGCAAAACAAAGCUCGUCUGGAGCUAGCAGAUUAUGAGGCGGAGAGCUUAGCGAGGCUACAGAGAGCAUUUGCCAGGAAAUGGGAGUUCAUAUUUAUGCAAGCAGAAGCACAAGCAAAAGUUGACAAGAAAAGGGAUAAGAUUGAGAGGAAAAUUCUCGAUAGUCAAGAAAGAGCAUUUUGGGAUGUGCACAGACCUGUGCCCGGAUGUGUAAACACAACAGAAGUUGACAUAAAGAAGUCCUCCAGAAUGAAAAACCCCCACAAGACAAGAAAGUCUGUAUAUGGGCCUCAGAAUGAUGUGCGCACCCACAGCCCCACCCACACCGCUGCCCCAGAGGCCAAGCCGGCCACAGAGGAGGAGCUACAGGACCAGAUUACUUAUUGGGGAGGGCAAUUAGACAGACAUCGACUGAAAAUGUCCAAAGUGGCCGAGAGUUUGUUGGCCUAUACAGAGCAAUAUGUGGAAUAUGACCCCUUCAUCACGCCAACCGACCCCUCCAACCCCUGGAUCUCAGACGACACCACUGUGUGGGAGCUGGAGGCCAGUAAGGAGCCAGGUCAGCAGAGGGUGAAGAGGUGGGCGUUCGGAAUCAAUGAGGUUCUCAAGGAUCAGGUGGGGAGGGAGCAGUUCCUCAAGUUCCUGGAGUCGGAGUUUAGCUCAGAGAACCUGAGGUUCUGGCUAGCGGUCCAGGAGGUGAAGAAGAGGCCAAUCCGGGAGGUCCCGACCCGGGUUCAGGAGAUCUGGCAGGAGUUCCUGGCCUCUGGAGCUCCCAGUGCCAUCAAUGUUGAUUCUAAGAGCUACGACAAGACCACCCAGAAUGUCAAGGACCCUGGACGCUAUGCCUUUGAAGACGCACAGGAUCACAUCUUCAAGCUGAUGAAGAGUGACUCCUAUAGCCGCUUCAUCCGUUCCAGUGCCUAUCAGGAGCUGUUACAGGCCAAGAAGAAGAAAAGUAAGAACUUGUUUUGAAGGAUUUUGCUUCCAGGGGAAACCCCUUACAUCAAAGAGGCUGACCAGUCUUGUGCCAUCAUGCUAAAACAUAGCCACUCUCGGAUAUAGAGGAGGACCAUAUCAUUUCUACAUCAUCGCCGUUUGCUUUCCACUCAGACGAUGAGCGGGACAGUACAUCAGAUGUUGCAUGUCCAAGGAGAAGACUUGUUAUUCAUUUUACCUGAUCUAUGUCUACUAUUGGAAAGGGGAGGCAUUUUGGAGACUUUUACAACUAUUGGGGCUGGAUAAUGCCUUUCCAGAAAGUGUCCAGUUACUUACACCAUAUCUGAUGGACACGUAUGUCCCUCUUCAGCUGAGCUAAUAAUGUCAGAAAUUCAAAAAAAAUGAAGGGAACGUGAGCUUAACAGUAAAAUCUAUUCAAAAUAUCAUCACUAUACUGUACUCGAUCUGUAAUCACAGAUACUUUGGUCACGCUAAGGGAAGUGUUGUGCGGUAUGCAUAAAUGUAAAUUGUUAUGUUCAUUUUGCAUUGAUUUUAUUGCACUACAAUAAUUAGCACAGUUUUCAUUACACUUGUAAAGUCACAUUUGAGCUGUAAGAAAAGGUGUUUUCUGUCUUAUGUAAAACGUAAUUCUUUGUUACUCUCUCCUGCAUUUAUUUUUAUACCAUAUUUAAAGACACUUAAAAAUGUAUUAAAGUUGUCCCUUUAUCUGUUUUCAC